AUGUAUUCAUUACCGACAGAAAUACUUCAACAAGUAUUCGCAGAAACUUUAUACACUGAAAAAACAUAUACAACCCGAGAACUUUAUUCCUGCAUUCUAGUGAAUCGUCAAUGGUGUAUGACUGGGAUUCCUAUUUUAUGGAGUCACCCAUUCCAUCCGGAUAGUCGUAUUUUACAACAAGCGAAAUUAGUAGACAUUUAUUUAUCGUUUUUCAUGACUCGAAAUUGUCCCGAAGAAAUUGCUUCUCAGCCUUUAUUCAAGGAACAACAACAAAAUCAGUUGUACCAUAAAAUUAAAUCUAUAGAGAAUACCAAUGAUUCAGUUUUCGUAUACCCAUAUUUCGCGAACACUAUUGAUUUUAAUCGCAUGAUAAAGACGGUACAACUUUGGUGUAUUUUGAAUAGAAUAACCGACGAGAUCUUUUGGGAUAUUAUUGCGGGAAUUUUAAUUAUUAUGCAAUCAAACGCGGCGAUAGUGGAUCGUAUUACUUGGCCUAUUGAGGCAUACGAGGGAGUUAAAUUAUUAAAGAUUUUGAAGAGGUAUCCAGAGAUAGCGGCUUGGCUGUCUCACGUUUCUUCUAUUCGUCUGAUGCUGGGUAACUUCUUUGGGUCAUUCAUGGACAGCCAAACGGAACAUCUUAAUGUUGCAGAAUUGCCUCAAACUCUGAAACAACUAGAAAUCGACGUAACAAAAAUAAACCAUUUUAAACGACACGAACAACUGACCACAUUUCUCGAAAUAACCAAAAAAUUCGAGUGCCUAAAAUACAUCAAAAUUACCGGCCCAUUCCAUGAAAUCGAGUUGCUCGUUGACGCAUUACGUCCAAGCGCUGCAACAUUACUUGAUAUCUCAUUCACAAAGUUAAACUGUAGUCACUAUAUUGGAUUAUACGAUCUUUUAGAGUUUCCAAAUAUUUUAGAAUUGUCUGUUUGCGGAUGGACGGAAUCUCCGAAUAAUUUCUUGUCGUUUUUAAGCGAGGUUAAAGAUAGAAAUUGGGUAAUCACUCCGAAAUAUUUUUCAAUUCGUGAAAAAUUGAAUAAUGAUGAAUUACAUUUCGAUUUUCGAUUUGAAAAAAAUUCAGGUGUUUUGUAA